UGGAAGUUCCCCACCGGAGUAGUGAAUGAGGGUGAAGAUAUCCAUGAUGGCUCAGUCAGAGAGGUGAAAGAAGGGACUGGAGUGGACACAGAAUUCGUCCAAAUAUUGGCGUUCAGACAAACACACAAAGCCUUCCUUGAAAAGUCAGAUUUGUUCUUCGUGUGCAUGUUAAAGCCCCUUUCUUUGGAAAUCAAUGCACAAGAGUCAGAGAUUGAGGCAGCUCAGUGGAUGCCUUGGGAGGAAUACACAAAGCAACCAUUUGUACAGAAUAAUGAACUCUUGAGGUAUAUGAUAGACAUUUGCUCUGCUAAAACCGACGGAGGCUACGAAGGCUUCACUCCUAUUCGUGUCUCGGCGCCUGAUCAA